UCUCAGGUCCUGGUCUCUGAUGGUCUUCCUGGUCUUUCUCCUCAGGUCACUCAGCAGCUGGAGGGGAUCUGUCUGCAGGUCAUCGGUCUGGUCCUACAGAAGCCCAUCAUAGGUAUGGCAGGUGUGUGUGCGCGCGCGCAGGCGUCCAGUCUAUACACACACACACACACACACACACACACACACACACACACACACACACACACACACACACACACACACGUGGAGUGCGCCUCAUUUGAAACUGGAGGGUAUGAAUCAGACGGGUGGGUUUGGGACGCCCUCCUCACUCCACUGGAAAACAGAAAGAUUCAUCGCCAUAGCAACACAAAGAUGCGUCCAUGACAGCGUUUCUUUCUAAAGUAACCAGGUGUCGUGUUCUGAUCCGUCUGCCUGGUUUCUUCAUAAAUCCAGGAACCAUCAGAGACAGGAACUAAAUGAACCUGCUGAGUGUUUGUGACUCCACACGUCUGUAAACUCCUUUACUAUUGGACAAGUUUCUGACCAAUCAAAUCUCAGCACAGACGAAGAUUUACGACCGUGUUUGAUCUUCAGAACCACGUCUGUGGUCUGGUUCUGGUCCUUUAUUUGGAGAGACCCGGUCUCUUGUUUGUCUUUGAGCAGAGAUCAUGUGGUCUGAGUUUUCCUCCCUUCUCCGUUUCUCCAUGGAGCUUCAGUUCUCAGAUGUUUGUCCCGUGGUCCUCAAACAUCUGAACUAGUCCACCUUCAUCAGACUCUAAAGUCAGACCUCCUGAAUUCUCCCUCAGCUGAUUCAGACCGGAGCUCCUCAUAUGAACCAGAACUAAACCCUCUUGUCCUCCUCUCUCGCCCUCUGCAGAGUUCUACGAGGAGAUCCUGUCGCUGGCGUUUGGUCUCACCUGUCAGACCAUCUCCCCUCAGAUGUGGCAGCUCCUGGGCGUCCUGUACGAGGUCUUCCAACACGACUGCUUCGACUACUUCACAGGUGAGUGGACUCCAGGACCUCUGAGAAAUCAGUGCAGAUGUUUCACAGAUAGACCUCCUGGACCUUCAGUCUGACCUCCUGGACCUUCAGUCUGACCUCCUGGACCUUCAGUCUGACCUCCUGGACCUUCAGCCUGACCUCCUGGACCUUCAGUCUGACCUCCUGGACCUUCAGUCUGACCUCCUGGACCUUCAGUCUGACCUCCUGGACCUUCAGCCUGACCUCCUGGACCUUCAGUCUGACCUCCUGGACCUUCAGCCUGACCUCCUGCAUCAUCUCGUUGGUCUUUCGCAGGUGUGUUUUGUCUCGUUGUAAACGUCGUGGUCACUCCUCCAUGUCGUGUGUUUGUGUCGCAGAUAUGAUGCCCCUCCUCCAUAACUACGUGACGGUCGACACGGACAUGCUCCUGUCCAACCCCAAACACCUGGAGGUCAUCUACAGCAUGUGUAAAAAGGUCAGACUGACGUUCUCCUCCUGCUCCUCAUGAAGUGUUGAAGUUCUCCUGUGUCACUCGCUGCUUUGACCUUUGACCUGCUGCAGGUGCUGACCAUCGAUGCGGGCGAGGACGCCGAGUGUCACGCCGCCAAACUGUUGGAGGUGAUCAUCCUGCAGUGCAGAGGCCGGGGCAUCGACCAGGUCAGAACAACGUUUGAUGAGGGUCUCUGCUGACCCGGGUCUCAGAGAUCUGCUGAUCCGGGUCCCAGACCUCUGCAGACCCGGGUCCUUGUACAGUUAAGAGUGUGUCCAUCAGAAGUGUGUAUUUUGAGUCAGUGUGGGUCCGUUUUCUCCCCGUUUUCUCACCUGUGGACUAAAUUAGUUUGACUGUCCCUUUAAUUAACCUUGUGGGCGUGUCUUCAUGACCUCACAGUGCAUCCCCCUGUUUGUGGAGGCGGUCCUGGAGCGUCUGAUGCGCGGCGUGAAGUCCAGCGAGCUCAGGACCAUGUGUCUGCAGGUGGCCAUCGCUGCUCUGUACUACAACCCGGCGCUGCUGAUCCACACGCUCGACAACAUGCACUUCCAACAAAGCCCCGCCCCCAUCACCGCACACUUCAUUAACCAAUGGAUGAACGACACCGAGUUCUUCCUCGGGUAAGGGGGUCCUCCUCGGUCCGGUUCAGAGUCCGCUCAAUCGUCUGAGUCUUGACUGGAGAGGAGGGUCAGUGUUGACGACUCAUCUUCUUCUUCUUCUUCUUCUUCUUCUUCUUCUUCUUCUUCUUCUUCUUCUCUUGUCCUCCAGACUCCAUGACCGUAAGAUGUGCAUCAUCGGCCUGAGCGUCCUGAUGGAGCUGCCGAGCCGACCUGCGGUCCUGGAGGGGGUCGCCGCUCAGAUCGUCCCCUCCAUCCUGCUCCUGUUCCUGGGCCUCAAACAUCUCUACGCCUCCCGCCUCGCCAACAAACCCGACCUGCUGGCCCGCGCAGGGAUCCAGGAUGAAGACCAGAACGGUGAGGACAGACAGAGAGGUGGAGGACGGAGGACGGAGGUCGAGGACAGAGGUGGAGGACGGAGGUGAAGGACAGAGGUCGAGGACAGAGGUCGAGGACAGAGGUCGAGGACAGAGGAGGACAGAGAUGUACAGAGGUCGAGGACAGGGUGGUGGACAGAGGUGGAGGACAGAGGUCAAGGACAGAGGUGGAGGACAGAGAUGGACAGAGGUCGAGGACAGAGAUGUACAAAGGUGGAGGACAGAGGUGGAAGUCAGAGGUGGAGGACGGUGGAGGGCAGAGAUGGACAGAGAUCGAGGACAGGGUGGAGGACAGAGGUGGAGGACAGAGGUUGAGGACAGAGAUGGACAGAGGUGGAGAGGUGGAGGACAGAGAUGGAGGACAGAGGUGGAGAGGUGGAGGACAGGGUGGAAGUCAGAGGUGGAGGACAGAGGUGGAGGACAGAGAUGGACAGAGGUGGAGGACAGGGUGGAAGUCAGAGGUGUAGGACAGAAGAUGAGUGAGGGUUUCAGACUGACCUUCAUCUGUCUCUGCAGAGGAGAUCCCCAGCGACGAAGACGAGGUCAAUGAAAACCGAAACGCCAUGCAGCAGCAGUGCAGCAUGCCGGCGGGUCAGGGCGGCGAGGACGACGAGGACGAGGACGAAGACGACUACUGGGAUGAUGACGGCUUUGAAGGGACGCCUCUGGAGGAGUACAGCACACCUCUGGACUACGACAACGGAGAAGACGAGUACAAGUUCUUCACGGCGGCGCUCCUCCGUAAGACACCGGGGUGGGGGGCGGGGGGCAGAUACGUGUUAAAACUUUUAAUUAUUUUAAAACUUUUAAUUAUUUUAAAAACUUUUUAUCUUUUUUAACUUUUAAUUAUUUAAAAACUUUUAAUUAUUUUAAAACUUUUAAUUAUUUUAAAACCUUUUUAUUUUUUUUAAACUUUUAAUUAUUUUAAAACUUUUAAUUAUUUUUAAAACUUAAUUAUUUUAAAACUUUUUAUCUUUUUAAACUUUUAAUUAUUUUAAAAACUUUUUAUCUUUUUUAACUUUUAAUUAUUUAAAAACUUUUAAUUAUUUUAAAACUUUUAAUUAUUUUUAAAACUUUUAAUUAUUUUAAAACCUUUUUAUUUUUUUUAAACUUUUAAUUAUUUUAAAACUUUUAAUUAUUUUUAAAACUUUUAAUUAUUUUAAAACUUUUUAUCUUUUUAAACUUUUAAUUAUUUUAAAACCUUUUUAUUUUUUUUAAACUUUUAAUUAUUUAAAAACUUUUAAUUAUUUUAAAACUUUUAAUUAUUUUUAAAACUUUUAAUUAUUUUUAAAACUUUUAAUUAUUUUAAAACUUUUUAUCUUUUUUAACUUUUAAUUAUUUUCAAACUUUUAAUUAUUUUAAAAACUUUUAAUCAUUUUAAAACUUUUCACACUGAACUCAAUAAUAAAAACCAAAAGACUCUGAAAAGAAUUGGGCCGGUCCUCUCGGAUCAGAACAUAAUUCUGCUCGUCUUUGUCAGGGGUCCAGAACAGCGACGCCGCCUGGUACCAGAGUCUGACGGCGCCGCUCAGCGAGGACCAGAAGAAACAGCUGCAGGAGAUCUACAGCAUCUCACAGCAGAGGAGGAGCACCGCCGCCAAGGGCCAGUGGUGAGGACGGGCACACGGGCACAUGCACAGAAACACACACUCACAGACUCACACACACACACACACACACACACACACACACACACACACUCGCCUCCUCCCGCUCUGACGUGUCUCUGUCGUCUCACUGAUUUAUUUUAAAACCAAAAACAUUUAAAGUUUCAUCAGAACUUAAAUUCUGACUCUUGGCCGUGAUUGAAAUCUGAAAAACACUGAUCUGGUCCGAGAGCCGGUUCUGUCCGGUUCUAAUAAAGUGUCUAAGGGCUCUAUUUUCACGCCUCGCCGGUGGUGUGGUGCAGGCACGGCAGGUCAGGUCCACUGCGCCGACAAGGCCCUCCCAAGCACAAUUUGGUAUUUUGGUGAGCGGCGCAGCCCGGCGCAAGUACCCCCCCACCAACUCAGCUCCUCCCAGCGGCGUGAGUCAUAGGGAGGGAGGAGAGAAGGUUUUCUUCCAUCAGAACCUCUCCUCACCUUUAAAUCCGCCACUGGCGAGGCGUAUUACUAUUUUCGUGCAGUAGUCAAAGAGAUCAAGAGAUGUCUGAAGACAGCAACGCCACACGAUGGCGACAGGAGGCAGAGUGUGGCUGUAAGCGCUGCAGAGGGCAUCGUCCACACUCUCUCAUAUGAGCACAGAUGGAUUUGGUGUAAGUUUGGACCCACUGGUGAGACAAACAUCCUUUUCCACAGAUAAAGACACUCACAUAAAGUUGCUCAUAUUCAAACUUCACAAAGGUGGGUUCUUGUUCACUUCAUCAUGUCUGUUUAUUUACUAGAUAUUUAAUUUAAAGCAGUUUCAGAUGUGUUAGUUCGGUCAGGUUGUUUGUCUAAACCCUCGUCUUAUUGGUUGUUGUCGAUUAUUUAUUUCACUGAAAUUUUCCUGAAACUGUGGAAACCUGUCGGUGAGACAUGAGUGACGUAUGCCGAUACACCGCCGGUCUACCAGAAUACCACUAGACCAGCUGCGCUCGGCCUGCGCUGAAAGCUGACCAGGUUUGAAUCGGCGAGUUUUCUGCGCACUUUAGACGCCUCAGUCCACCAAAUACCAAACCGGCUGUGUGCCGGGGUCCGCCAGACCAAAAUACCACUGCGCGGGGUCCACCACCCUCCACCGCUCUGCCGGGCACAAAAAUAGAGCCCUAAAUGUCAGGGGGGUCUGUGUUGGUCCUGGUCUGAGAGCCCGGUUCUGUCCGGUUCUGUGUGGGUCCUGGUCCAGUUAAACCUCAGUGUCGUCUUUUUCUCGCCCUCACUAACUCCUCCUCCUUCUGGUUUGUUUGUUUUCAGAGGAGACUUUCGGAGGAGGAGGAGCUGGUCCGACCUGACCUGAAGAGGAUCUCAGUCCCACUCUUGGACCAGAUCGGACCACAUCAGACUUUAAGGAUCCCCCAGAACCAGGUCCUGGGGCACCAUCAGGACUGGAGGGAGAAUCAGUUUGGACCUGGUUCUCUGUUAGGAGACCCGACUGGAAUAUUCCGAACACCAGGACAGGACCGCUGGCCUGUGUGUGUGUGUGUGUGUGUGUGUGUGUGUGUGUGUGUGCGUGUGUGCGUGUGUGUGUGUGUGUGUGUGUGUGUGUGUGUGUGUGUGUGUGUGUGUGUGUGUGUGCGUGCGUGUGUGUGUGUGUGUGUGUGUGCGUGUGUGGGCUGCAUUAUAAAUAUACUAAAUGUCUCUGACCAGCAGAUCCGUUCUUGUACAGCGCAGUCCUUUUUCUGUGAAUCUGUGUGUGUGAGAGAGAAACACACCUGUGUGUGUGUGUGUGUGUGUGUGCGUGUGUUUGUAGCGUGCGCGCUCGUCUCCGUCUCUCUUUAGUUGAACACUUUUUAUCAUCAUCUCAUGAAGCGAUAGAGCUGACGAGGAGCAGAGAUCAUGUUUCUGUCAGGGUGCCUUGAAUUCAGACCGAGGACAGACGGACGGACAGACGGACGGACGGACGGACAGAAGGACGGACGGACGGACAGCGAGGAGUGGAGGUCAAAGACUCAGAGGUCAAAGACUCAGUGGUCAAAGACCCGGAGGUCAAAGACUCGGAGGUCAAAGACUCAGAGGUCAACCAUGAAAUGAACAGAGGGCGAGGAGGGAGUUUUUUGUCUUUGUUUUUGUAACGGUUUCAGAACUAAUUUAAGAAAAUCAUAAAGAUCAUGUAACAUUUGUCUGCGUGUUUCUCCGUCUUUAAUCCUCGCCGCUCACUCUCUCCUUCCUUCUUUCCUCACCAACGUUUACCUGCUGGGAUGUUGAGAUGAAAAGAGGAAUGUAGUUUUGAAAACCUGCAGGAAACAGUGAGAGAGGCUGAAACCGCUGCUGCUGUCAGACUCCUGAUUAUUCUUAUUAAUCUGAUUAAAGGAGAAAACGUGUUUCUUCUUGUCGAACACGGAGCUGUCCUGACAGGACUGUCAUUUUGUAGGUCAAGUAAAAAAGCCUUCGAGGAGGAACACGUGGUUUUCGUCUCGGUCGUGGAACUACAGAUCAGUUCUUCACCCUCGCUCGGGUUCCUGAGGGGAGUUGGGAGUUUGCCCAACCAGUCCACUUGUUUUGUGGACCUGGAGAAGGUCUACGACUGUGUCCUCAGGGCAGGGGUGGGCAGUCAUGUGCCAUGGAGGUCCGAGAGGCUGCAGGUUUUCCUUCAAACCCAAAACUCCAGCAGGUGAUUUCACUGAUGACCUCCCAGCAGAGAGCAGGAACUCAUCAGUGAACUCCCCUGGUGGAGAAACGUGGUGCUGACGUGUGACCCGCUUCAGUUUUCAAAGAAAGAAAGUUAAAGUUACUAAAAUGUUUUCAGCCAAGAUGAACAAACAGGACAGAGUUUUUUUUUAUUACACUGAAACUUUUACAUGUAGGAAAAAAAAAAACACCUCCGUAUAAAAGUUUGAGUAAAAUUUAGACCAAAGUAAUAAAGAGAGUCUUUUAGGAGCCUGUUUCUAAGGCUGCAGCUCUGACAGAAGUCGACCUGAGACUCCAGUUUCCUCCUCCUAAAGACGGUGACUGAGGAGUCUGAGGAGUUUGGAGAGAGGAACAUUAAAGCUGAUUUUAGAGUCACGAACAGCAGAGUUCCUCUUGGUCUGAACGCCCUGCAGGAAGAACAAACUUCACUUUCUUAAAUCUGCUGUAAACUAAAGUCUGCCUGAAGGUUUGGAGACGUCUCUCUGGUCCUGUCCUCGAACCUUUCUGUCAAAGUUUUCUCUGAUCACUCGUACUUUCUCACGCCUCCUCUCUCCUGCCCUCGGAGUUUGUAUUCCCUCUGUGUCUGACUGCAGCCUCCUUUCUUCAUCCCUGACUGUAUGAGGAGCAGCCGGACCAGAGGAGGAAGGAGGAGGAAGGAGGAGGAAGGAGGAGCAGCAGUAUCUGUUGGUGUUUGUUUGCCUGCAGCGUUUUAAUCUCCAUCAUCCAUCAUCUAAACUUCAUCAUCUGUCCUGCAUGUAGACGACAGCGGCUGCUGGUAGAUGUUGUUCUGUCUGACAUAUCUGGGUCG